ACGUUUAAUAACGAUAACGGUCACUCGAAGAUUCAAAACUUCUAAAAACAUAUUUUUGUUGCAAUUUUAAUGAAAAACCGUAACAAAGUUUAUUAUAUUCUACGCAAAGUUGACACGUAAUAAAUUGGUGUUUAAAUGCGAUGGAGACGAUCGCGUUUAUCGCGGAUCUAAAAGCGAAAGGCUCGGAAAAUGGUGUGUGCGAUUUGGCCAAAACUUUCGAGGAAUACAAGGAUAUUGUGAAGAGUUUAAGCCCUAAAGACAAAGGCAACUUUUCUUUGAGUGUAUUGUGUAUGCUUAUCAGGAACUCAGAAACUGUUCCAAAAUGGAGUGAUAACGUCAACAUCAAAGAGUUGCUGAGUCUGAGCAUAGAGUGUGUGAGGCACACCCGCAGUCUGGACAAGGAGCAUCAAAUUAAGGCUCUUGGUUGCAUCUUUAGACUGCACAAGCAUAUUGUUACUAAGAAAUCACCGACACCUCCUGAAUUAGUCCUCAAACUAUCGUUCAUGCCGUUUGAAUAUGAUGACGAAUCCCUCCUCAACGAAUAUUACAAGACAUAUGGACAUAUUAUCAUAGAUCGGAUAACGUACAUAGAAAAAUUGAAGUCCACAAAGUUACCAAUAUCGAAGCUCCUACCAAAACUUAUUGAAGAUAUAACCAAAGUGAUAAAAAUCUAUGACACAGUACAAUUCUGUAUUAACAUGUUGACGUUUCUCGUGAAAAAGUUAACUUAUAUUUACAACGAAUCACCUGAGGAGCUCAACGAUUCAUUUGGAAAGAUAUUUGAUUCAAUAUCAAAGAAUGAUCUGAAAUUAUGCCAAAAAAUUGCUGACAAAGAUGCAUUAGAUUUAUAUGUAAAACUCAACGAAUGCCUGUACACUGUCACGGAGAACUCUUCGAAAAAUAAUUUCAAAAAUUCCAUUUUAAAUUCUGUGACGAGAGUGUGUGUUUCCCUACUUGGUCACAAGCCUGAUAUGUUCCAUUGUUUUCAAACUAUCUACUUGAACACUUUCUGCUGUAUCUUUAACGAUAAAACUAGUCCAAUACUUAUAGACAAUCUUUUGAAAAACUUGCUGACUUCAUGUGAAAUGACCGAGAAAUUGGGCUAUAAGAGCACUAUGUAUCUAACUUAUCCAUUUAUAAGUCAACUGAUGAGACUUUUUAUAGAACAUAAUAAGGCUAAUAUUAAUAACCAUGAAAAAUCUGAUAAUCUCAACGAAUCAAUACAGGAAAAUUGCCUUAAAUUAGUUUUAUUUUUGUUAGAAAAGUUAAAGAAAACCAAACAGUUGACAAAAUGCGAAAAUUGCACCAUCAAAACUGGUUUACACGAUGCAUUUCGGUUGAGCCUUUCCGUGAAACAUUUCAUAACGAUAUCAACGAAUAAAAAUAUUGAGUUGAAAAACAAUUUACCGAUAUACUUCAAGAUAGUUGAAGAACAGUAUUUGAUACUCGAUUCGUUACUAGCUUUAAGGUGUUCAAACCAUGAGCGUUGCUUUAAAUUACUACAAACCGAUGUCCACAAUACAGCAGUGAUACUAAACAAAUAUAUCUUUUAUGAACACUCAAUCAAACUAUUUGAGAUAUACUUGAAAAACGAAAUAAAAAGCAUGAAAAGUGACGCAGAAAUGAGAAAUAUAAGCCGUGCUUUAUACAAUAAGAGCAUAUGUGAAUUGGAUGCAAAGUUGUAUAAGACGUCGUUACUAAAUGCAUUCUUAAGUUUGGUCUUCUCGUUACCUGAGGGGUUGAAGUUGGAGAAGUACAUGAGUCUCGUGAUGGAUGUCAAAGCGAAAGCAUUGAAAAGCGAUGAUAAUUCUGACGAAACCAACGAAUUGCAAUCGUUGUCUAUUUUGCAAGCUUGUGAUUUACUAUACAAUGAUGAAGUGUAUGGAAAUUUGAAGAUGUUUUUGAAAAAUCUUAAAUUUAGCUCUCUGCUAAAACAUGAGUUCUCCAUGUAUGUGAAGUUAUGGGCCUCAAUCGUUCCUAUAUCUGGGGUUUGGAGGAGCCUGUUGGAUUUAACGAAGAACAAGUAUCAUUGGAUUAAAGCUGAAGAUAAAGAAGUAUUACUAUGGACUCUAUACGAAGUGGUGCUGGAAACACCCACCGUCGUGAGAAACAUUCACGACGAUUGCUACAAAACCAUCGUGACGGGACUCGUGACUAACUUCCAGAAUACACCGGAACUGUCAACCCGAGAGGAGUUAGUAUAUGGCACGAUACUGCUUCUGAAAUCUGAAUAUGACAUGGCCGAAGCCAGCCUUCAGCAUGGAUGGAAAGUUACUGAGCAUACUACAGACCCGGACAAAGACGAGACGAUAAGAACGAUGCAGCAAGAACAUAACGCCAUAGGUGCAGCGGUACAAGCCGUCGAGGUAUUCACUGAUGUGGUAUCCAAGUUCGAAUCUGGAAUCCUCCCAAACACAACCCUGAGUCACAUAGCACAGAUUAUGUGUGUGUCUGUGCAACAGUUAUUGCAUUUGCACAUGUUUGCACAUGGAUUACAACUUGCUUAUACAGGGUGUUGUAUAGCGGAUGGCGCGGGGGACAAAGAAUCAUACAUACUCCACGCGAGUGCGCUAAUCUACCACGCACAGGCAAACAAACAAAUUGAGUCGAUACUAAUCCGGGCUAUGAAGUAUGCGGCCGAGUUUAUAAGGAGCGGACAAAACCUGGAGGCAGCGCUAUGCUUAAUAUGCGAUGUUGCGAUAUACUACAUAAAAAGUGGGUCUGUAUAUAUGGCGAGCAAGUUAAUACAGUUCGUACAAGCUAAACUACUUGCUGAGUUUGAAACACUACCAGAUGCCAAUCUGGAACUGAGUCUAGGUCGCCUGAUGGAGGCUCAGGCGAUGCUCUGCCCGGACUCAGGCCUGAGCACGCUCAGCGCCGUCAACGCUCUGCCGAGGCACUAUCUAGCUGUUAGGAAUACUGCCACCCGUUACGCACUCCGGCGCAUGAUUUCUCUGUAUAUCAAAACCUGUAUAACGAGUCACGGGUGCGCGGGCGUGCGACUGUCGCGUCGCCUGGCGCUGUGGCGUCGCGCGUACUGCGCCGCCGCCGCCACGCUGCCGCCCGCCGGCGCGGCCGCCAGGGCGAGGGUGUACGCCGACAUCAUCAACACGCACGACACUGAUGCGCAGGUGAAAAUAGCACUCCAUUUAAAAUACAUCCUGAAAUCAGAUGUACUAACCGUUCCAGGGGAAACCAUUCAAAAUGAAUCCCUAAAACAGAAACAGGAACAAUUCCUUCCAAAACAAGACAACGUAGAAAUUAUGUUAGACAGCAUGUUCCAAAAAACACAAAUCAGCAACGAAGAAUCAAUAAUUUGUUCUAUCCCUGCUUUCAAAAGCCCAGACUUCUUCCAACAUGCGAAAACAUGCGCAUGCUAUGCAUGCAUGUCCCCCGCAUGCAUGAUAAUCGCAUGCCAGAUCAGCUAUUUAGAAGCAUCCACGUAUUUCCGUGCAAAAGAAAUCGAAAUAGCAAAAAACUAUUUCGACGGUGCAUUGAAAACUUUUGGCAACGCUGAAGAGAAAUUGAAAAACAUCUUCAGUACUUACAAAACCAAAAAAUUCAGUGAGUUAGUUAUUGAUACGACAAAAAGACUGAUUGAAGAUGAAUUCAAAACGGUGCAAUUGGAAUUUUUAAUUGAAUUGUCAUUUUUCGAGUUAUCUCGAAUCGAACUCGAAAAAUGCGACGAGCAUGUGGUUUCUAUACACGAAAUUUUGUCUGAAUUCAAAAAUGUCGAUCCUUAUUUGAAAAAUGAGGUGGCGAAUUUAAUGAUAGCGGCUGCUAAUGUGAGGAAAACUAAAGUCAUUCAAGAAACAGGUCUAGAAAUUGAUAUGGAAGAACUGAAAUUAAGUCCAGAUAAGCUAAAGACGCCAGAAACUAAAACGAAAAUGCCAGUAAUAUGCCACACAGUCAAAGUUGUUAAGAGCGAAGAAUUGCACAAUCUGGCAAAAGCAAUUCGAUUUAAACUGGACUUUGAUGCAGCAAACGAAAUAGAGAAUACUGAAAUCCAAGAAAGAAACACAGAAAAGAAACAGAAACAGUCAAAAUUCAAAGUACCAGUACCAGUUACUUCGAAACCCUUACUAGAAAAUUUGACACCCCGACCAAGUCGAGUGAAACCCAAAAUAAUUAUAACCCAACAAAGUCAAACCGAUACUGAAAUUAGUACCCCAAAAACCGAGCCAAAUUUCGAAUUCUUCACCCCCUGUCAAUCGACACCUGCGAAAUUUUUCACACCAAUGUCAAAUGUAAAAACAUAUUCCAAAAAACGUAACUUGGUUGUGAAGAAUUUGGAAAAUGAAUUUUCAACACCCAAAGGCAAAGUGGAGUUAGAUUCCAAAUCUGUUCAACACACACCUAUUAAAGACUUGAAAUCUGUUGAAGACGACUUGAAACCUGUUAAAGACGACUUGACACCUUUUAAAGACGACUUGAAACCUGUCAAAGACGACUUGAAACCUGUCAAAGACGACUUGAAACCUGUUAAAGAAGACUUAGGACUUGAAAAUGACUUGAGAGCUAUCAAAGAUGGCGUAAGACCUAAAAGUGCACCUGCUAAGGAAGAUUCUAGAGUUAAAAAGGAAGAUUCAGGACGAAGGACAAGGUCAAGAGUUGAAAUGGGGUCAAUAAAGUGUCUAUCUGAUAAGAGAGCCCUCAAACGCGCCACAAGUCCGGGAAAAUUGGUUGAUGAAACCAAACCAGUUUCUCGUACUAGAAGAGUUAAACAGCCUGGAUUUGAGUAGGUUCAGAAAUAAAUUUGUCCGUACAAAAGUCUCAAUUUCAUUCAUAUGCUAUAGAUUAUGAGCUCUUUUUAGGGUAGCCAAAUGGCAAAAAACGAAACCCUUAUAGAUUCGUCAUGUCUGUCUGUCUGUCUGUCUGUCCGUCCGUAUGUCACAGCCCUUUUUUUUGGGGGUUUUCUGGGGUUCCAAUGGAACCCUAUUCUAACCCUCCUGUCCGUCUGUCUGUGUGUCAGCAAGCUGUAUCUUGUGAACCGUAACAGGCAGUUGAAAUUUUCACAGAAUAUUUAUUUCUAUUGCCGCUAUAACAACAGAUAAUAAAAAAAAUUAUAUGGCCGCCUAGAAAAUUAAAAAGUUAGUUUUAUUUUCUUGUAGGAUGUUACGGAACCCUUCGUGUGUAAGUGCGACUGACACUUGACCGGUGUUAUACUACUGUGAUCAACUUUCAAAACGAUUGACUUGACUUGUUUAUUUUUAACCCCCGACCCAAAAAGAGGGGUGUUAUAAGUUUGACGUGU